AUGGCGUCGCAACCCUUUACCGUGAAGUGGGGCAUCAUGGCCACCGGAGGCAUUGCUCAGACCUUCACCAAGGAUCUACUCACCAACCCCGCAAGCCGCGACGUCGACGACGUCGCCCACAAGCUAGUCGCCGUGGCCUCGUCCAGCUCCAAGGACAGCGCCGCGUCCUUCCUCGAGAAGGUCAAGGCGCCGGAGGGCGUCAAGGCGUACGGUUCCUACGCCGAGCUGGUCAACAAUGCAGACGUGGACAUCGUCUACGUCGCCACGCCUCACAGCCACCACUUCCAGAACACCAUGCUGGCGCUGGAGGCCGGGAAGAACGUCCUCUGUGAGAAGGCUUUCACUGUCAAUGCCGCGCAGGCCCGGAAGCUGGUCGAGACGGCCAAGGCGAAGAACCUCUUCUUGAUGGAGGCCGUCUGGACGAGAUAUUUCCCUCUCAGUGUCAAAAUCAGAGAGCUGGUGCAGUCAGGUGCCAUUGGCCCCGUCUACCGUGUGAUUGCCGACAACUCGGUUGGUAAUGACGGGCCCGACGGCACCGUGACCUUCCCGGACGAGCACCGGAUGGUGAACCCGGACCUGGCAGGCGGCGCACUGCUGGACCUGGGCAUCUACUCGCUCACGUGGCUCUUUCAGAUCCUGUACCACCUGCAGCCCGAGUCGCAGAAGGAGGCGCCCAAGACCGUGGCGGCCAUAAACAAGUACCGGACGGGCGCCGACGAGAUGACCAACAUCAUCCUGCAGUUCCCGCAGCACAAGAGCAUGGGCGUGGCCAUGACGGCGCUGCGGAUCGCCACCGACACCGACGGCAAGAAUAGCGGGGGGCCGGCCAUCAAGAUCCAGGGCCCGCUCGGCGAGAUCCAGGUCGUGGGCCCGGCCUUCCGGCCCCAGCAGUAUCGCAUCGUGAAGAAGGACUGCGACGGCAAGGUCGAGGUCGUCGACUGCCCCAUUCCGACGGACGCCGAGCGUGGGUACUGGGGUCACGGCAUGUUCUGGGAGGCCGACGAGUGCGCGCGCUGUCUGCGCGACGGCAAGAAGGAGAGCGCCACGCUGCCCUUGUCCGAGAGCAUCGUCAUCAUGGAGGUCAUGGAGGAGGCGCUGAAGCAGGGCGAUGUGCAAUACCCUGAGCUUAUCACCACUGCUGUCUUCGACCCGAACAGCUCGUUGAACACGGGGAAGAACUGA